AUGUCCUCAUCAACAGAGUCUACAGUUACACCUGUCGGUGCAGAACAGCCACAACAGCAACAGCAACAGCAACAGCAACAACCACAACAAGAACAACAACAGAAUGUAGUAUUGUCUUCAGUGAUAUAUGGAGUUGGAAGAGUGUAUGCUGGCGCUGUAUAUGUUGGUGAGACUUUAGCAGACCUAUUCGGAUUGACAGAGUCAAAGUAUCAAUUCCAUUUAGAUGAACAUAACAUGAAGCAAGAAGAGAAAAAGAAGAAGAUGGAGAGAGAAGGUAUAGAGAUAAGUAAACUAGAGUCUGGCGAAAGUACUAGCAAAGGCAACGAUAACAACAGUCAUGUCGAAGGUUGA